GUGGGAGUGACAGGAUCGGAGAAGUAACUGGGGCUGAGUCUCUGCUCACUUUCUACCGCCACGCAUACAUAUUUAAGAGCUCCUGUAAGACUCCAGUUGACGAAGAGCAUAACUCUGAAGAUUGACAGGUCAACGAAACACUGCCACUGGUUACGAAGCUGGGUCCUGACAGACAGAUGGAGCACAUCUCUUUUCCACCGCUGUCGCGCGUCGCCAUUUGCGGCGGUACGCACGGCAACGAGAUGACGGGGGUGUACGUGGUGCGAGAGAUGAAGAAAAAGAAGGUAGAUAAGGUCGGCUGCGUGUCCGUCAUGACAGUCCUUUCAAAUCCAGAAGCUGUUAAAGUGUGUAGACGGUACAUGGAAACAGAUCUCAAUCGUUGCUUCCCAGACGCUUUGCUGAGUGCGCCGCUAACGGCCUCCUCGCCGCACGAGAUGAAGCGAGCUCACGAGCUGAACGCUCUGCUCGGGCCCAAAGGAAGCCCACAGGCCGUCAACUUGCUGUGCGACAUCCACAACACCACCGCCAACAUGGGUAUAUGCUUCAUCUUUUACAGGUUUGACUGGAUCGCCCUUCACCUUUUUAAAUAUGUACAGAGUAAAACAUCAUUUGGGCCUGUGAGAGCGAUCCAGUUUGACACACCGCUUUCUGAGGCCUACUCACUUGAAUCUGUGGCCAAACAUGGCUUCGCGUUAGAGGUCGGACCUCAACCCACCGGAGUAGUCAGAGCAGACAUUUACAACAUGGUGACGGAAACGCUGGAUCUCAUCAUGGAGUGGCUUGAACAAUUCAAUUCCGGAAGUGUGUUCGAGGGUGGCGAAGUGGAGGCAUUCCGCAAGACCCAGUCCCUCGACUACCCGAGAGAUCCGACCACCGACGAGAUCACUGCUGCUAUUCAUCCCCAGCUGCAGGACAAUGACUUCAAGCUUCUCCGUGCCGGGGACCCCAUUUUCUGGCCGUUCACUGGGGAGGCAGUGAAGUACGAAGGAGAGGAGGCCUACCCUUUCUUUGUCAACGAAUGCGCCUACUACGAGAAGAAGGUUGCCUUCCAUUUAGCUCGGAAGAUCAGUAUUAGCCUCCCGUCCAUCAGUGUAAAGAAGAACUGAGCGGCCAUUAAAGUAGUCAUUUUAAAUGGUAAUUACAAAAUACACGUUAUUGAAGUAGUGGUGAGAAAUCGAAGGAGCGAGGCUAACUGUUAAGCUGAUCUGGUAACGUUGCCGUGGCAACUUAAGUGUGGUGAACAACUUGGGAGUCGCAUUAUACAACCACUCACACCAACCAGUUGCUACUUUAAUUUCAUAUAACAACAGUGCAGGGUCGCUUUCUCAUUGGCUCGUUUCUUGUCAAAGAUAAGGAUUUGCAACAGUAAAUAUUGGAAGAGGUUUAACGUAUGAUUGUCGGCCCUGCCCAAUUUCCAAACAGAUCGGGGAGGGGAAAAAAAGAAAAAAACAAACGCCUAAACAACCCAAACCACAAGAUAAUUGGUCACGACAAUCAUUCAGUCAUUUAAUAAUCAGACUAUGGCUGAAUGAUCAGAAAGGGGGGGAAAAA